CUCCGUGACACCGCGCGUCCGCUCCUGCUGAGCUCCGAACCCUCCGCAGAAGCCGCGACUGAAGGCAGCGCGCGGGACAGGUUCGGCGGUGUUAGGUCAAGCAAGGUGCGGGUUACAGGAGCGCGUCUGCUGUUUUUUUUUUCUUCUUCCCUUACUGGAUUACUUUGGUUCUUGCAGUGACAUCCACGCGCGUUUGUGAGAAUUAGCACGCUUUCUUUCCUUGGUGGAGGAUUGAUCCACGUUUGCGCUUUUGCGCGGAUGGCACCAACAGGGAACCAGUGACCUCAGACCCGGACCAGGAAAAAACAACAAAACUACAAAUCUAAAAGAGAAGCACAUGAAGGCGCGCAGCAGGAUGAGCCGCAGCUGAGUCCGGAUCUUCCGCGGGAACAGGAUGGCUCUCAGCGGGGUGAUGCUGCUCCUCCUCCCGGCGUGCUGCCUCCUCUCCUCCGGCGGCUCCGAGGCGGCUUCUCUCGGGGGAGUUGAUGUCACUCUGGGUCCACAAACGUUCAAGAACGUCACCAACUUCAGCACCUUUCUACUCGACCGUUCAUCAGGCGUGCUUUACCUGGGCGCCAGGGACGCCAUACUGGCUGUUGACACCAACAACCUCAACCAGCAGCCGAGAAAGAUUGUUUGGGAUGUGCCAGAGGAGAAGAGGAAAUCAUGUGUGGGGAAAGGAAAGACCGAGGUGGAUUGUAACAACUACAUCCGACUGCUGGAGUUCUUAGGAGAUGGACGCAUCUAUGUGUGCGGUACCUACGCCUUUGACCCUCACUGCGCCUUCCUGGAGUUGUCCUCCUUCACGCUGGAGAAAACAGAAGACGGCGGCAUCAGAACGGAGACGGGGAAAGGGAAGUGCCCCUUUGAGCCCGCUCAGCAUUACACGGCCGUCAUGGCUGGUGGUAUUUUGUACACAGCAGCCACCAGCAACUUCCUGGGAACGCUCUUUGACAUCUCCAGAGCAACGGGCCCGGAGCAGGAACGCAUCCGAACGGAGCGAUCCAUCAACUGGCUUAACGACCCUGAGUUUGUCAGCUCAGCCUUCAUAGAAGAGUCUGCUGACAUCAACCCGACCGGAGACGACGACAAAAUCUACUUCUUCUUCACGGAGAUGGCCAAAGAGUACGAGCUGUACACCAAAGUCAAAGUCCCGAGGGUGGCUCGGGUUUGCAAGUCUGACGUCGGAGGAAUGAAAACUCUGCAGCGGCGCUGGACCACUUUUCUAAAGGCGCAGCUGGUGUGUGAGGACAGAAGCAGCGAUCGGCGCUUCAACGUCCUGAAGGACGUCUUCACCGUCCAGCACUCUGCAGGCGACCCCAGCAGCACCCACUUCUACGGACUCUUCACCUCCCAGUGGGAGCCGGAAGACGUGUCCGCCGUGUGCGUUUUCAGCCUGAAGGACAUCAACAAAGUGAUGGACGGCUCUUUUAAAGAGCUGAAGAAAAACUGUGAGAACUGGAUGAAUCCAGAUCCCAUUCCCACUCCAAGACCUGGCCAGUGUUUAAACAGUGCGCUAAAGGCUGAAGGGUUCGAGUCCUCCUUAAAACUCCCCGACAAAGUGCUGACGUUUGUGAGGGACCACCCUCUGAUGGAGAACAGCGUCACUGCAGCGCCCCUGCUGGUGCGGAGGGGAAUCGGGUACACCAAGCUGGCUGUGACCCUAAUGGGCCGUGGAGCGGUGCUGCAUCUUGGGACAGACCGUGGAGAGAUCCACAAGGUGGCAGUAGUGGGACAGAACGCCACAUUACUGGAGGAGGUCCCCAUCUUCCCGGCAAAGGAGCCUGUUAACAACAUGCUGCUGUAUCAGGGCUGGGCUCUGGUUGGAAGUCCUCUAUCUCUGGCCCGCAUCCAGGCUGAAGGCUGUGCUCUGUUUGACCGCUGUGAGGUUUGUGCCAAAGCCAGAGGACUGGGCUGUGUGUGGAGCGACACGGAAGACGCCUGCAGUCUCUCACAAGAAGAUCCCGGUCCAGGUGAUGUGGUGGAUUCUGCCUUAAAAAAGUGUGGUCGGCUCGAUGGUCGCUGCAGUCCCAUCAUGGAGGACAUGCAGGUGUCUCUGGGUCAACGCCUCUUACUGCCGUGUGUCCAGCUCUCCCCCAGACCCUGCAGCUGGGAGCACCCCCCCCACCGGCUCACCAGGCAGCACCACUCCGACUUGGACGUGACGGUGACGGAGGACAGCCUUGGAAUCUACGUUUGCUCAUGCCAGGAAGGAGGCCCGUCGGUGAGAGAUCCCACCACGUGUCGCCGGGCGGCUUAUCAUCUCUCACUAGAGGGUCCCAAUGUGGAACGAUCCAAAUCCUCGGCAGGAAGUCGACAUAUCAUCGCCAUCUACAUCUUCUUCUUCUUUUUGGGUUUACUCUGCGCUGCGAUUGUAAUGUUCUUCGUGACCCGGAGGAAAAAUCUCGGCCAGCACCAAGCGGCGGAUACGUCCCUGUCGUCGGACAAGGGGAAGGGCUUCAUGGGCUCCUCCGUCACCCCGCAGUCCCCCAGCAGCUCCAGCCUCUUCUCCGAGGGCUUCCGGCUGAUGGAAAAACGGAACGGGACCACCACGUCCACCACCACCACCACUCUCCUGAGCAAUCAGGGCAACGGCGGUCCCCACGGCAACAGCCACGACAGCAAGCCCAGCAACGGAAUCAACGGCAGCUCCCACAGCGGAGAGCUGAAGCUCGCCUCCGACAUGCUCGUGGCCAACAUGUUGGACGGAAGGACGGGGGAGCGGGCGCGGCCCGAGGGGGGAGCGAGGGAGUUGGAGGACGGGUAUGGGACAGCGGGGGGGCUGGGGGACGGCUUAAACGACGGAAUUAAAGGACUAGAAGAAGAGCUGGCCAGUUUCCCCAUGUUUAGGGCGAACGCACCGCUGGCUCCAUGUGAAGAAAGCUCGAUAUGAGAAAAGACUUCUUGAUGGAGCCAAAUAAAACGAAAGGGCUCCCUCUGAUGGGACGCUCCAAGGACCAGAGAGCUUCGAGUUUGUGCACGAGGACAGAUGAGAACUGCUGCUGAGCAGACACGCUGACUAAAAGUGUAAAUACGAGUUGGGUUCUCGUGUAGCUCCAACGUUAAAGCAAAGAUGAAAUGUCUCCAAGCAGACGUGAAAAAGCCAUAAUUGUCCUUAAAUGUCGUGGUGUGAUCUCUCACUCACAUCUGACGAUGGAUCUCCAAAAGAAAAGCGCACUUUUCUCCCCAACUUUUUAUUUCCUGUCUCGCCGUUACCGAGAACCUCUACGGAUCCCAAAGCGCCAAAGGACGGAGGCGGUCCCGGUUGACGUGGCAACAGUUCUCAGGCCGAUAGAUCCUCUAUCAGGAGUGAGGGGUCUUUAAGGAAGCUGUAAGUUGAUGGGCAAACGUUUCUCACAUGUUCACCCUUCAUGAAUGGACCUUUCAAAGCCAUCAUCACCUCAGUUUCUACAUGGAUUUGAACAUAAACGUAUUUCUUCAUCUGUUUUGUAAUAAAAAAGCUGAAUAUUUGU